AUGUUAGCCAUUCCGCGGCCUCGUCCACUAAAACUAGACCUGAGCCAUGUCCCCAAACAAGAAAAGCAGAAUUCACAUUUAUCAGAUGAAUCCAGCUCGCUGUUUUCUACUAAUCUUCAGAUUCAAAUCUGUGAUCUCAUCGGCAGCGGUGGAUUCGGCACUGUAUACUGCGGCGUGCUCGAUAACCAAAAGAUCGCCGUGAAGAAAUUGAGGUCGAAUACUAAAACGGAAGAUCUAGUGUGGAACAGCUUUUUGGCAGAGCUGCGAGUAAUGCGCUUGAAUCAUGACAAUAUUGUGAAGGUUUUGGGAGCCAUGAUGUUGAAGAACACUCCGUGUUUGGUUAUGGAGUUUGCCGGGAGUAGAAACUUACAGGAAGUGAUUGAAUGCAAAGACGAGAAGUUGUCUCUCGCUCGGCGUCUCAACAUUGCAUCAGCCAUUGCAUGCGGACUGGAGUAUAUCCACAAUCAGGGUAUAGUUCAUCUGGAUAUCAAACCUGCAAACCUUAUCAUGAACGAUGAAUCUUCGUGCAAGAUCGCCGACUUCGGAUGCUCUCUUAAGGUCGACGAACUCGACGGCGAUCUCCGACCGAAUUUCUACCUCACAGGCACGCAUGCAUACAAAGCUCCGGAAUUGCUGCUCGGGGAGUUUCCCACCACGCAGGCGGAUGUGUAUUCCUUGGGGAUUUGCAUGUGGCAGAUGUUGGCUCGCGUCGAGCCGUAUGCGGACAAGGACCCGCAGUUGGUGAUAUUUGGUAUAGCAACAAACACGGUUAGACCCGGAUUACCAAAGGUCGUGUCUGAAUCCGAUGCUGGAUAUCGGAAGUUGUUUGAAAAAUGUUGGAAAGGUGCGCCCCAUGACCGACCAACUCCAUCUUCUUUGCAAGUCGAGUUGAUCACAAAUCGUGAACUGAUUUAG